UAGGCUUCAAGCUGGAUUCAAACAAUCAAUGUACAAUUCCAUCAUCUUUUUAUGUGUUAGCAAUGCGUGAUGGAAUUCGUGGAUUUUCUUUUGAUAAUGAAAACCAAUAUGAUGCUAUGGUGCCAGUUGGUGGAGUUCAAUAUGCAAGCUACGUUGAUGUCCAUGCGGAGGAAAAAUAUAUUUACUAUGUCGCACAAUUUGGCGGAUAUAGAGAGGUUUGUAGAAUCCAACAGAAUGGCUCUGGUUUUCAGCGUUUGCUCCAAUCAGACGGUGGACGUCUUUUUGCCAGAGGCAUUGCAGUCGAUUGGAUUGCAGGCAAUUUUUACUAUAUUAAUAGUCUAAUGGCUGAUGGCUUUAUAGAAGUGUGCCGUCUGAAUGGCACAUACCGGAAGGUGAUUUUGGAAGAUAGAUCUCUUAGCCUGCAAGGCUUAACUGUUAAUCCAAUCAAAAGGUACCUCUACUGGACAACUCGAGGAACCAAUGCCAGACUAGAACGUUCACUGCUGGAUGGUACCAAUCGAACCGUGCUAGUCUCAAAUGCCAUGAAUCAUCCGUUGGACAUCACAGUCGACAUAAAAACACAUGAUGUUUACUGGGUUGAUGACGUCAUAGAUGCUAUACAGCGCAUUUCCUUCAGUGGUGGGAAUCGAGCUUAUAUUCGGACAAACCUACCUUCACCUUACGGGAUCACAGUUUUUAACGAUGAUGUCUACUGGGUGGACAGAAAUCUGAACCAGGUCCUUAAAGUGGAUAAAAAUUCUAGAGUUGGUGCCCCAACUGUCGUCAAGAAAAAUGUGAGAUAUCUUAUAGACAUUGCAAUAUUUGAUAAAUCCAACCAACCAGGCGAUCCCAGUAAUCCUUGUGCUGUCAACAAUGGUGGGUGUGACCAGUUAUGCUUUGCUAUUGCUGGAAGCCCUCAGCCUGUGUGCAAAUGUGUUGAAGGAGACCUCGAUUCUGAUGGAAAGAAAUGCAAACCAUCAAAGGAAUUUUUGCUGAUGGCCAUUGAUUCCAGCAUCCACUCAAUAUCUUUGCACCCUAACCGAACACGUCAAAAGAUUACAACUAUUGCAGCCACCGACGAAGUUAGUAGUGUAGGAUAUGAUGCUAAAAGCAAUCAGAUUUACUAUGGUAUAAACAAUCCUGCAGCUAUAGUCCGAUAUGAUGUUGAAACGAAAACCAGUCAACAGUUUGUUAUUGAUCCAGAGAACAAACAAGCUUUCAUUGGCAAAAUCGCUGUUGACUGGACCGGUCAAAAGAUUUACUGGACAGAUGCGUUAUACAAUAGGAUUUCAGUGAUGAGUUUUGACUCAACAUACAAGGCUACUUUGCUGACCACACAGAAACCCAGGAGCAUUGUGCUUGACCCUUGUAAAGGGUACAUGUAUUGGUCGAAUUCAGGUAUUGGUCAAUCACCAAGCAUUGAAAAAUCAACUAUGGCUGGUAAUCAAAGAUCCGUGCUGGUCAGCUCUGACUUAGGUGACCCAGAUGGCCUGGCCAUUGACUACACCUAUGAAAAGCUUUACUGGGCUGAUACACUCAAAAAUCAGAUUGAAAGAAUUUCUCUCGAUGGACGUUACCGUGAUGUGAUUGUUACCACCACAUAUGAACCAACAUCUAUAACUGUCUUCGGUCUUCACAUCUACUGGAUAAGUUCAUUUAGGAAGCUGGUGUAUCGUGCUGAGAAACACACUGGAGCCAAUUCCAUAAGAAUGACAAAAUUCCUCACGUCCUCUCCAGCAGAUAUUGUCAUUUUUUCUGCCGAUUUACAAAACUGUAAGCUUGAUCCUUGUCAAAAAUUCAAUGGAGGUUGCAGCCAGGGAUGUCACCCUGCACCCAAUGGAGAAGCUGAAUGCUCAUGUAACGGGACUUCCCAAGUAGUGAGUAAAUACAAAGCCUGUGUCCCCGAGAACCACAACUGUUCAGACACGGAAUUCAUUUGUUCAAAUGGAAAGUGCAUUUUCAAAAGUUGGGUGUGUGACGAGGACGAUGACUGCAGGGAUGGUUCGGAUGAAAACAGCAACUUGUGUGCGACCCACACUUGUGAGAAGACUCAGUACAGAUGCAACAAUGGACGCUGUAUCAAUCAUCUGUUUCGUUGUGAUUUUGAUGAUGAUUGUCAUGACAACUCAGAUGAAAUUGGUUGUGAUGCCUCAACUUGUGGCCCAGCACAGUUUACCUGCAAGAAUUCCCGUUGCAUUGAUGCUGCACAGGUUUGUGAUGGCUAUGACCAAUGUCGGGAUGGAGAGCAGACUGAUGAAAAGAACUGCCCCAACAACAUGACGUGUCCAGAGAAUAAAGUGAAAUGCCCAAACUCUAAUAUUUGUGUCAGAAUACAUCUGCUGUGUGAUGGAGAUGAUGACUGCGGGGACAACUCAGAUGAGAACGCAAUGUUUUGCAAAGCUGCAAACUGUACAGGCCAUUUCCGAUGCCUGCAAGCCAAUCGCUGUAUUCCUUCUCAUUGGUAUUGUGAUGGUGCUGAAGAUUGUUCAACUGGGGAAGACGAACCAACUAACUGUCAUGUGAAUUUAACGUGCGCCAGCCACAUGUUUGCAUGCGGCUCAGGAGGAUGCAUCUAUAAAGCCUGGAUGUGCGAUGGAGAAAAUGAUUGCUCUGAUGGUUCGGAUGAAGCGAUUGAUUGUCGAAAUAUUGCAUGUGGUGCUGAUGAAUUUAACUGCACGCAUAACCGCAAUAUUGGAAUUUACCCAUGCAUUAAAAAAACAUUUGUAUGUGAUGGAGAUAAAAACUGUGCCGAUGGAGAGGAUGAACGCCAGUCUUGUCCACCAGAUGUCUGUGAUGAUAAUGAGUUUGCGUGUGCAAAUGGUGGCUGCAUUCUAUCAAAAUUUGUUUGUGAUCGUGAAGACGAUUGUGGUGAUCGUUCUGAUGAACAUGACAAUUGUGAAUAUCCAGAAUGUGGAGCAGACCUUUUCACUUGUGACAACCAUCGAUGCAUCCUUAAUUCAUGGGUUUGUGAUGGAGAUAACGAUUGCCGUGAUAAUUCAGAUGAAAAAGAAUCCGUUUGCUUAACACCAGCACCAACUUGUCCACCUGGACAAUUCCGGUGUGACAAUGGAGAAUGCAUUAAUUACCUGUUGGCCUGUAACAAGAACCCUGACUGCUCGGAUCAAACUGAUGAACGUCACUGCUACAUCAACGAAUGCGAAGAUGUGGUUGUCCAUCGAUGUGAACAUACAUGCAUUGAUACCCUGACCAGUUACCACUGUGAAUGUAACCCAGGUUAUACCCUCAUGACUGAUAGGAAAGCUUGUCGGGAUAUUGAUGAAUGCCUUGAGAAGCCUGGUACCUGCAGUCAGAUGUGUCACAACACAGUGGGAAAUUAUUCCUGCAAAUGUAAUGAAGGUUAUAUGAGAGGACUUGACACUCACAGCUGCAAGAAGAAAGAUGAUGAAAUUCCAUGGCUUGUAUUUGGUAAUCGCCAUUAUAUUCGAAAGAUGACACUGGAUGGCUUGAAUUACCAAUUGAUAGCUCAAGGAUUACGUGAACUAAUUUCCCUUGAUUUUGACUACCAGGAGCAAAAACUCUACUUUUUUGAUAAAUGGACAUUAGACAUUCAAACAAUUUUCCUCAAUGGCUCUGAUCAGAAAGUGCUCUUUCACAAAAUGCAAUUUGGUCAAUGUACCCUUGCUGUCGAUUGGGUUGGCCGUAAAUUAUAUUGGAAUCGGUGGUUUACUCAAUCUUUAUUCGUCUCAGAGCUGAAUGGAACCAGUCUAAGAACACUAGAUACCCAUUUGUUUUAUCACGUUUCUUUCUUAGUCGCCUAUCCACCUACAGGGUACUUGUACUUUAUCGAUAUUCCCUCGAAAGCAUGGAUAGGAAGGAUUGGCAUGGAUGGCUCAAACUAUGAACGUUUGAUCAUAGAUGGUCUCGGCUUACCAACUGGUUUAACUAUUGAUUUCGAGAGUCAACGGAUGUGGUGGGCAGAUGCCCACUUUGAUGCGAUCGAAUAUGCCAGUUUGGAUGGUACUCACAGACAAACGGUAAUGAAAGAGAAUGUACCAUUCGUUCACUCACUUGCAGUGUUUGAAGACUGGAUCUACUGGACAGACUCGAGCCGCCUGAGCAUAGAAAAGGCACACAAAUUCACUGGACGGAACCAUACUAUUCUACGGAACAUGACUCACCAACCAAGUAUCCUUAUUGUGUUUCACUCAUUACGACAAAAGCAAUAUAAAAAUCCUUGCGGAUCCAAUAAUGGUGGAUGCAGCCACCUUUGCCUCCAUUCACCACCAGAUGACUAUGUCUGUGCGUGUCCAGACCAUUUUCUCUUGGAUGCAGAUAACAAGACAUGCGUUGCCAAUUGCAGCACUUCUCAGUUCCGUUGUGGAAAGGGCGAUGAUCGAUGUAUUCCAUUCUUUUAUAGAUGUGACAAAGAUGUCGAUUGCCAUGAUGGCUCCGAUGAAUUAAACUGUCCGGAAUCCAAAUGUCGGCCACACACUUUUACCUGCAACAAUGGAAACUGCACGAGGUUCUACGAGAUAUGCGAUUCAAAAGAUGAUUGUGGUGAUGGAUCUGAUGAAGAUAAGUGUGACGCAAAUUACUGCGCCCCCUGGUUAUUUCGGUGCAACAACAACCGCUGUGUGUACCGUUCCUGGCAGUGUGAUGGUUACAAUGACUGCUUGGAUAAUUCAGAUGAAGACCAGUCUCUUUGUAUUGAUAGAUCCUGUGGAGUACAUGAAUUUACCUGUGAUAAUGGAUAUUGUAUACCUGAGCAUGACAAAUGUGAUUACGAGAACGACUGUUUCGAUGGUUCUGAUGAGAGUCUUGAACUGAACUGUGCUAAUCAAACAUGUCCCGCGACUUCGUUCCGAUGUGAAACUAAUUAUCGAUGUAUACCUUCCACAUAUGUCUGCGAUGGUUACGAUAAUUGUGGUGACAAUUCUGAUGAAAAACUGAGCAACUGCAAAAAAUGUAAUGAAACGAAGGAAUUCAAAUGUAAAAACAAUGUCUGCAUUCCAAAAACCUGGGUUUGUGAUUCUAAAACUGACUGUCGAGAUGGUUCCGAUGAAGACACCAGCUUUUGUAAAAACAAAUAUCGUGACUGUACUGAAUCUGAAUUUCGCUGUGAAAACCAAAGAUGUGUCCUAAAGAAGUGGCGAUGUAACUUGUACGACGAUUGUGGUGAUGGAUCUGAUGAAAAUAACUGUGCUUCUGUGAAGUGUUCUGAAGAUGAGUUCAAGUGUGAUACAGGUCACUGUAUUAAAAAAUAUCUAACUUGUGAUGGUUGGAGAAAUUGCAGAGAUGCUUCAGACGAAAGAAACUGCACACCCAAAUAUGGCGACAGAUACUGUCCAAUUGACAGAUUCCAGUGUAACAACACUGUCUGCAUUCCUAAACAAUGGAUGUGUGACAGUGACGAUGACUGCGGUGAUAAAUCAGAUGAAACACGCGAGGUAUGCCUUCAAAUUGAGUGUUCAAAAAAAGAGAGAAAAUUCCGCUGCAACAAUUUAUUAUGCAUUCCAAUAUGGCGAGUCUGCAAUGGAAGAGAUAAUUGUGGAGAUGGUUCAGAUGAAAAUACUCAUCACCUUUGCAAACCGAAGGAAGAAAUAUGUGAACAAGAUCAGUUCAAGUGUACAAGUAAAGAGUGCAUCGAUUCAUUCAAAGUAUGCAACGAAAUAGCUGACUGUGCAGAUAAAUCUGACGAAAUAGGAUGCAUUAAAAAUGCUGGUGCCGUCAACUGCAGCAUUGAUAAUGGAGGGUGUCCCCACAAUUGCACGGAUCUCGAAGGAGGUGGUAUGAUAUGUUCCUGUCGAAGCGGUUUCAAAAUGAAAGAUGGAAAGACAAAAGAAUGCGUGGAUGUUAACGAGUGUGAACUUUCAAAUAACAAAUGUCCUCAGCUCUGCAACAACAUAAAGGGUUCCUACAAAUGCCUGUGCCACGAAGGGUUCCAAGAUCCUUUAUUACCCACUCCCAAAUGUAAAUACACAAAGGAAGGCAAAAUAAGCAUCUUCAUGUCUGUGGGUAGCGGCAUCCGAAGAUUUGAUCCCAUAAUCAAAGAAUACAUGAGCACCUUACUCUCCAUACAAAAAUCGCAGGGUUUAGCGGUCGACAUUGAACGGUCAACCCUUUACUGGACAGAUAUGAUCAGCAAAACAGUGAUGCGUUCUUAUAUUUCUCAAAAAUCUGAUAAUGUUGGAAUCCCACAAGACCUGAUGAUCAGUAAUCUAGAUGAACCAAAUGGCAUUUCCAUCGACUGGACAUCAGGGAAUGUUUACUGGACUGACUCCAAAAAGAAAACAAUAUCUGUGGCGGCUAAAGAUGGAAGAUACAGAUACACUUUAAUCAAAACAGAACUUCGUAGACCUUAUGCUAUUGUCGUUAACUCACAGACUGGCUGGAUGUACUGGACAGAUAUAAACAGUUACAACCCAAAGAUAGAAAGGUCUUGGAUGACUGGUGAGAGAAGACAGGUUCUAGUGAACAAAGAACUGGCACGACCAAGUGGAAUUGCCAUCGAUUACUUCAUGAACAAUCGUGUGUUCUGGUCUGAUUCCAAAUUCAACAGAAUCCUGUCAAUGAAACCGGAUGGCACCGACCAAGUGGUUGUUAUUGGAAAUGCAAUUAACCCAGUGAGUAUUGACCUGUAUGAAAGUGAAAUAUACUGGGUGUCCCAAAAUGAAGGCAAACUGAUGCAAAUGGAUAAAUUUGGACGAGGUAUAAAUGUUACUCUGAGAGACCAACUCUUUUCUCCAAGCAGUGUAAUUGCAUUCCCACCAUACAAGUAUCCAAAAGUCACAAGCGAAUGUGCUUCAGAAAAGACAUGCAGCCACCUCUGCCUCCUGAUUCCAAAGGGUUAUCGGUGCGCAUGUCCUGAUGGCUCUAAGUUUAUUGAAGGGUCCACUACAAUGUGUGAUGCAGCAUUUGAAGUGCCCCGGAAAUUGCCCAUGUGUAUUUGUUACCAUGGUGGUUCUUGUAUUCGAGGAAGCAAUGGAACUUACAUCUGCCACUGCAAGGAAGGCUAUUAUGGUGUGGAUUGUUCGCUUAUGACUUCCAGGGGCCUCUUGAGUGCCCUCAGAUCUACCAAGGUCACGGCAAUUACAGUUCCUGUUGUUCUACUGCUGAUCAUGGGAGGCUUGAUCCUGGUUGGUUAUUUACUCAUUAAAAAACGCAGGAUAUUUUCCAUGGGUUUGUUCUCUAGGGGUCAAGAUGAGCCCCAUGAUCCUUCAGGAGUCGUAGCUUACCGUGACAAUGGAAACAUCCAAAUUGAUUCCCCAAAUUAUGAAAAUGCAGCAGAAAUGGAGAUUGCCUCAAUUGAAAAUGAAUACAGCUUACCAGAUCCUACGACACCAACAAAUUUCAGCAACCCAAUGUUUGGAAUGGAUACACCAGCAAAAGAACUGAAACCAUCAAAAACAGAUGAGAAACCACCCGGAAGUCCUAAAGAUAAGAAAGCUAAAAAGGAGAACCUUUAUGUGACUCUAAUGACAUCGAAAGCUCUUGACCCGACGGAGGAUACGGAGAGAGAUACGGCAGAUUUAGUAACAAGGGGGGAUCACUGAGUCAUAAAGCCCAGCUAAAGACAUUGAGCCAUAUGCAUCUACCUCUCCUGAUGUGGACGAACAAACUCCCCUGAAACCCUUUUACAUUCCAGCAACACAAAGAACACUAAAUUUCCAUUGGACAAUUUUGAAAACAUUUAAAAUAUUCAAAAAGCUGUGAUUCUUGCAAAACUCAGAGAAAAAAAACGAGUCAUUUUGUUUUUCUGGUGGGGAGAGCACAGGUGACUUCUCAGCACCCUUGGACCUUUUUCUCUUUAGUAUAUGGCUCCUCCAGCCCCUCCCUCUCACUCACUGCCUCCCCCCAUAUUCCUCACCUAAUAGAAAUAAAAAAUAACUAAAAAAAAAGGAAAUAUUGGUAUUCCUGAGCUGAAAAGUAUUGUGGCAAAAGAAGAAGAAGAAGGAAGGAAGGAAGCAGAUUUGAUGGGAAUUGUUAUGUCUCGUUGUGUCCCAACUCUCUUUUCUCAAAUGUUUUGGAAGAAAAUAAAAAAAAAUGUAAACCUUU